UAAAUUAUUAGCCCACCUAGCUAAUAUCUUCAGCCGGCCCCAAGUAGGCUGGCCGGCCACCCCCCUCGCACACACACUUUCUCACAUAUACCCGUAUAUAUAUUUCCAAUAAUUUCUUGCACACCACCAAUCCAAUAACUCAUAGAUACAUAUUCAUCCGAAAUUAAAACUGUUGAACCCUAGUUUGAGACGUUAUUAACAAAACGGUGUAGCUGAGAGGAAGAAAAUGAGGCAACCGGGGGCGUACUCGAAUCUUGUGUGUGGCGGGAUAUCGGGGAAGACGGGACCCCAUUCGUUGCCGCUAGCAAGAAUCAAGAAGAUAAUGAAGAAAUCGGGGGAGGACGUGAAGAUGAUAUCGGGGGAGGCCCCCAUCGUCUUCUCCAAGGCGUGUGAGCUGUUCAUCGAGGAGUUGACGAAGAGGGCGUGGGAGAUGACGCUGCAAGGGAAGAGAAGAACAAUGCACAAGGAAGAUGUGGCUGCUGCUGUCAUGGAAACUGAUAUUUUCGAUUUUCUUGUUACCCUUGUCUCUCACUCUCCUCCUGCUGCUUAGGGUUUCAUAUGUAUCUCUCUCUCUACGCAUAUAGUAUUUCAUAUCUUUUUUUUCUUUUCUGUUAACAAUAUAAAUAUAUAUCGCUUUGUGCAUUUU